GCGCCGCGGAACAGCGAAGCCGCUGUGGGAAAUCGAGCGGCGGGGAUCCCUCCGGGCCUCCGGCACCGUCCCUACGAAGCGAGGCGGCGGCUGCCGCGAACUCUCGGCCUUGACGGAGGGGGCGGAGUCCGCCCGGGGCCGCCUUUAUUAUUCAUGCGCGGCGCGAGGCAUGGUCCCUGCUCCAUGAUUAUCGGUCUACCACCGGCCAAGACACAGCUUGUUUGACGAGAUGAGAACAUAAAGGACCCGUAUUUCAUCCGUUAAAUUCCUCCACAUUCUGGGCAAACCUUUGACGGGAGUCACAUCAAGAAGAAGAAGAGGAAAAAGCAAUUACUUUUGUUGGAAGCCCGUAUUUAUAAAAAGAGGAUUUCUUCCCCCUGGCCGAAGGAAAAUGGGCAACGUGGAAAGCAACGGCUCUUACCAGAAACACCUCUCCAGGUUUCUUCCCGAUGAGCUCGCUGACGUCGAUGGCGUUUUUAGCGCCUUAUCUCGAGCGGACGAGGCCGUCGCCGUGAAGGUGGGGAAAAAGGCCCAGACUGGGGUGACCCUUGAAGCACUCAAGGCCUACGUCAAGGAUGCCCUGCCUCCAUCAAUGGUUACGAGACUGUACAAUGGGAUGAGGAGCCUCCAGGAGACUCACAAUUCCCCCGAGCCCAUCCCCUGCGUGGCGAAGGAGCAGUUCGUGGCCUUUGCCUCCAUCCUCUUCAAGGGCAACGCCCAGGAAAAAAGUGGAAUUGUCCUGAAGAUGGUCUCAGGUACUCAGAAGGCUGUCAAGGGAAGCCAAAUCCUGGAGUUUGCAGGGGAUCUGAUCACCUCCGUGGUCCACGUGCUAAGCUACAGGAAGCUGCUGAAAGGGUGGAAUCCAAAGAAGCUGAAUAAUUCAGUCCCUGGGAUCAAAGCCUUGGCUACUCAGCUGGCCUCUGAACUGAAGUCUGCAGAGGGGAAGAAGAUGGAGGGAGACUCUGUCCUGGAUGCCGCGUGCGACCAAAACAGCCUGGAGGAUUGGCUUUUCCGAGUCCCACAGAUCUCCACCUUCCUCAAGGUGGUGCUUCAGCAGGGCCUGCUCCUCCUGCAGCCUCUCUCCGACGAAGCCGACGAGACCCUCCGUCUGCUGCCGGAAUGCAGAGGCCUGCAAGGGUCCGCCUUCGUCAGCCUGCUCGACCUCCCCUCCAUCACCUACCUCAAUGCCCACCUGCCUUCUGAACUUCGGGAUAAGUGGCAGCUGCUCUUCGCCUCCGGGAUCCACGGCGAGAGCUUUACCCAGCUGUGCGGACAUGUUGUCAACAAAGGGCCCUGCCUCCUGGUCCUGAAGGACACCGACGGCUACAUCUUCGGCGGGUUUUCCUCCUGUUCCUGGGAGGUAAAGCCCCAGUUUCAAGGAAACAACACAUGUUUUUUGUUCUCCAUUUCCCCCUCGCUGGCAGUCUUCACCUGCAGUGGCUACAAUAACCACUACAUGUACCUCAAUCACGGGCAGCAGACCAUGCCGAACGGACUUGGCAUGGGAGGUCAACUCGAAUACUUUGGCCUCUGGGUGGACAGUAACUUUGGGCAAGGCCACAGCAAAGCCAAGCCUCGGUGCACCACGUACAACAGCCCUCAGCUGUCGGCCAAGGAGAACUUCCUGCUGGAUUCCAUGGAGGUGUGGGCCGUGGGAGACCUCCCGGAAGCCAAAAAUGGAAAAGGACAGAAGAGCAUCUUAGACGCCGACCCAGAGGCCCAAGCUUUGCUAGAGAUGAUGGGGAAAAGCCGCCAGAGUGAUGGGUUUCGGAAACCACCUGAUGAUGAUGAAGACAACUGAGAUCUCGUCUUGGAAACUUUUCCCUCCCCCUCAAGUCUGACCAGGAUUUUGCUGGAACAUCUUCCAAGCUUUCUAUUUUCCACAUGGCGGUAUCCGUGGCCCAAUCUCUUAAGCGUGAUGAGAUUUGGUUAAAUAACAAUUGGUGUCUUUACAAA